GAAUCUUUAUCUUGGAUGGUUGAAUCUAUGAUUCAGGUACUCAUCCGUGCUAUCAACAGCAUGGCGGACAGCAUGUGGGUCGGCGGUGCCAUCGGUGCCAUCAAGGCCGUGGCUUUCUUCUGCGACAUCGUGACGUACCCCUUUUACCUGAUUCUGCAGCGGCCGUGGGAGAAGAAGCGCCUUUCGGAGCGCACCAAGGCCGUCCCUGUCUCCGUGGAGGCCAAGAGCAUUACGUACAGGAGUGUUCUUCCGCCCCGAAAUAUCCAUCUCACUCUUCUUCGUGAGGAGGUGAACACGAUGGAUCUUCUGGUUCGCUACUUGGCCAAACGGUACAACCAUCGUCGGUGUCUUGGUACCCGGCAAAUUCUUGCCGAGGAAGAUGAGAAGCAGAAGGAUGGCAGAAACUUUAAGAAGUAUGUUCUUGGAGAUUACCACUGGAAGAGCUACACACAGGUUGAUCAAGAAUCUACUGGAUUUGGAAACGGGUUGAGAGCUUUAGGCCAGGAGCCACGCAGCAGUAUUGUGCUGUUUGCUGAAACUCGUGAAGAAUGGAUGAUAGCUGCCCACGGUUGCUUCAAACAAAACAUUCCAGUUGUCACUAUCUAUUCAACUUUGGGAGAUGAGGCCAUUGCCCAUGGAAUCAAUGAAACUGAAGUCACCAUGCUGAUUACUAGUCAUGACUUGUUGCCCAAAUUCAAGAAGAUUCUUGCCAUGUGUCCUAAGGUUCACACCAUCAUUUACAUGCGUGACCAGUUAAAGCAUACUGAAACUACCGGUUUUAAGGAAGGUGUCAGAAUCAUCAGUUUCAAUGAUGUUAUUAAAAUGGGAGAUGAAAAUGCGGGCAAGAUUGUGGCUGUUCCACCUACUCAAGAUGACACUGCUAUAGUUAUGUACACGAGUGGAUCAACAGGUGUACCCAAAGGUGUUAUUCUCACUCAUCGUAACAUGAUGGCUACCCUGCGUGCCUUCUCAGACUGUGUAGACAUCAAUGAGGAAGAUGUCUUCCUUGGUUUCCUUCCCUUGGCUCAUGUGCUAGAACAGGCUGUUGAAAGUGCGUGUCUUCUAUAUGGUGUCCCUAUUGGUUAUUCCACUCCUCUAACAAUGAUUGACUCCUCAAGCAAGAUCAAGCAUGGAACCAAAGGUGAUGCAUCUGUAUUAAAACCCACUCUUAUGACUUCAGUCCCUCUAAUUUUGGAUAGGAUAUACAAGGGAAUCAAUGAUAAGGUUACCAAGAAGGGUGGUUUCUCAAAGGCACUCUUCGAGUUUGCUUGCCAAUACAAGAACAAAUGGACCCGAAGAGGAUUCGAUACUCCUCUCAUUAACAGUCUCAUCUUUAAGCCAAUUCGCUCCAUCCUUGGUGGUCGUAUGCGCUAUGUUCUGUGUGGUGGCGCUCCUCUGUCGCCUGAAACUCAUGAGCUCAUCAAGAACUGCCUGUGUGCAACUGUUCUCCAGGGAUACGCACUGACGGAGACUACAUCCUGUGCAACUGUGAUGGACAUGAGUGACAGGACUCUGGGUAGGGUUGGAAAUCCUACAACAGUGACCGACCUCAGGCUUGUCGAUUGGGAUGAAGGUAAUUACAGAGUCACAGACAAGCCCUAUCCUCGAGGUGAAAUUAUCAUCGGUGGUGACAAUAUCUCCCCUGGCUAUUAUAAGAUGCCUGACAAGACAAAGGAGGACUUCUUUGAGGAAGAUGGCAAGAGGUGGUUUAGGACUGGUGAUAUUGGUGAAUGCCAUCCAGACGGAGUAUUCAAGAUUAUUGACCGCAAGAAGGAUCUAGUCAAGCUUCAGCUUGGAGAAUAUGUUUCCCUAGGAAAGGUAGAAUCUCAACUGAAGACAUGCCCACUUGUGGAGAAUAUCUGCGUGUAUGGAGACCCCACUAAGCAUUACACAGUGGCCUUAGUUGUUCCCAACCAUUCGCACCUUGCCCAAUUAGGCACUACUCUUGGCCUUUCAAGUGCCAGUUUCGAAGAGCUAUGCUCAAAUCCUAAUGUUGAGAAAGCAGUACUUCGUGAAUUGGGAGAACAUGCCAAGAAAUCCAAAUUGGAGAAGUUUGAGGUGCCUGCUGCUGUCAAGCUUUGCACUGAGGUUUGGUCGCCAGAUAUGGGUCUGGUAACAGCAGCCUUCAAGCUGAAGCGCAAAGAUAUUCAAGAGCGGUAUCAGCAUGAAAUUAACCGCAUGUAUGCAUCAUGAUAGCCAGUUAGCUUUUUAAGCUGGCUUGUUAGAACCCAGUGUGUGAGUGUGUGUUAGUGCCCUGUACAUAUUGUAUGUAUUUGUGUUGAGUGCAAUGUGCUAUUGAGCCAAUUAGGUUUUAGUUUUUUGUACAUUUUGAUUGGUCAUUGUAAGAAAGUAACUUUGAUACUCAUUGCUUAAUACUAUUGGAACAAAUCUUAUGUCAUUUUGGUUGUACUUGUGCAGUGACAUAUCUUAAAUGCACUCUUGUACCUAAAUUAUUUCAAAUUCUUAUUUGGUACAAACAAAAUGGUUGUGUAUGCUAUUGUGAGCUCGUCUGAGCACUUGAGCAAUUCCUUGUAAAUGAAGAUUGUAUAUACUGUACAUGUUAAUAAGCGUGGAGAUGAGUGCCACGCUGGCGUGACAUCACAGCAGGCCUGCCCUGUUACUUAUUUAUUAUGAAAUGAAGAGUCUUUUUAUUUAGCAAAGUUAAAGACUGUUAUUAAAUGUUAAGGAAUAGGCAGAGCAUUAGUCUCUGCAAAAAUCGUGAUAUAUACACUAAAUUUUGUUACAUCAAUUAAGCUUGUAAAAGAGCGCUUCAUUUUUAUUAUUCAUUUUGCUGAGUCUUCCCCAUUUGGUCUUUGUAAUUACAAAAUAAAUCACAUUUCAAAUUUUAA